AUGUCUUCUGAUUGGACUCUGAAGUUUAAAUCUAUUCUUGAUCAGUUUGAACAGGACUUCCAGUCCAACAAAGACUCUUCAACACACCGUUCUCAUGUGGUGAAAAAAGUCAAAAAUGCUAUUCUUAAAGCUCAGGGGGAUCAUCCUGGAGUGACCUUGCCGAGUUCUUUGAAAAAGGCUAUUCAAACAUAUUACUACGAGAUGAUUGACUCUGACUCUGAGAAAUCAGAUAAAGAAGCUGAGCCAGAUGUGGAGGAUGAACCUGUUGUGACAGUGGAGGAAAGAGAAGCAGCUGCACAUCCCAAAACUGCAGUAUUCUACAAGAAAGAAUGUAAUGAGUGGGAUGUCGCGCAGAAGUUAUUCAAGCAGGAGAUUGAUGACUACGACAAGGCAGAGAGGGCGAGGAAAGAAUUGGAUGACUCUAUCAAGCAUAGGAUGGGACAUGCCAGAGAGUGGUUUAAGAAGAUGACGGCUGAGCAAGAGAAAGAGGUUAAAGAUGCAAUGGAGAAAUGGAACAAGGAAGGUGCUCCUGAGGAAAUUCAGGCUGUCUAUCGGAAGAAUAAUCUCAAGAAAAAGCUUGAAGAAAUUUCGGAGGAACUACGCCACACCAUGGGUUGCCGAGUUGUAAUGCUAGUCAGUCACAAGAAGAAGACCGAUAAGUCCUUGGCUGUUACCUUACAUGAAUCUAAACCGCAGAGUGUCAAGAAAAAAAUUUCUGUCAGCUCUGACGGUAUCAAGGAGUGGUCUUCAACAGGUUUUGAAUUAUUUGCAGAAUGGUCUAAGACUGAAUUCUAUCCUACAGAUGAAGAUCAGGAUGAUUUAGAGAUAGACGAUUCAGACAAGGCUGAGGCCGAAUCAGAACUUAUAUUGGAUGAAGAAGGCUAUGCAAAGCUCCCAUCUCGUAAGGGUGUGGCUCUCAGGGGACAACAGGAUUUGAUUAGAAACAUUUUUCUCGCUUCGUAUAAGGUCUUCACCAAGAGCAAUAGACCUGUACCUUGGCGGCAGAUUGUUGCUAAUGCCCCUCACUAUCUGGAGGCCACUUGUGUUCCUGAGACAUUGGUGGUGAGAGACCCUUCGCACAUGAGGUUAGAGGAUGUAAGUUCUCUCUGGCACCAUUGGAAGAGCCGAAGCCUUGCAAGGAAGAAGCUGGUCAUUUUUAUAAAUGCAAAGAAGAGUGAUAAGAUGACAAAGGUAGCUGACAAAGGAGAAGGAAAGAAGAGAAAAACGAAGGACUAUGUAGAAGUUUUUUCUUCUGACGAAGCAGAGGUGAACUUGGCUAGCUCAGAUUCUACCAAGGGUAGGAUUGUGCUGGCCGGUGAUUCUCUAUCCAUUGCCCCUGCCAGUGUCCUCUUCAAUGAGGUCUAUGAUGAACGAUGGGUGUUUUUACGAGGCCUCAGUAUGGAUGACAACUACCUUGAAUUGGUGGAUGCCACUCAGGAUUUGGCAACAUCCUCUGAACAGAUGACCGACCAUAGUGACUGGCCCUCUUGGGCUAAAUGGUCCUGGAGGCAUGAUUAUCUUCCAAAGGACAUUCAUGAAUCUCAGAAGAUGCUAGAAGCCAGCCUGAAGAAACUUAGGACGGCCAAUAUUUCUAAUGCAACAUCAGCCAUCUCUGUGGUGUUAGGAUUGGGUAUGCUCUUUAGGGAGUGUAAACGAGUGAUCGAGUAUGAGGAAGAUGAGGCCCCUUUGGAUACCCCUGCGUACCUUGCCAACUUCGUCUUCGAUUUAUCAUUCUUACAUCUCCUGGAGGGGGCAGUAUCUGAUGUCUUGUCCUCUGUAGUGGGCAUCAUUGAGUUGCAGAUGAGGGACAGGUAUCUACAGAACGAGGAAGAUGAAAAUACAGAAGGCAAGCAAGGUGAGGUGUCAGCUAAGGUGCAGGACAUAGAGAUGGAGCAGGAGAAGGAAAAGGAAAAGGACGCUGAAGUGGAGGAGUGA